GGUAACACUUUAAUAGUACUUGACCGCUGUGCUGUCACACGGUCAGCAAAGACAACCAGCGGAGGCAUUGCGCGUUUGCAUCUUGGUUUGGACCUCUUCCUCAUUGAAGAAGAAAAACCCUCAAGGAUCAUGUCAGUGGCGGGUACCGCCACCGCCUUGCAGCAUCUGCUCGAGGCAGAAGGGGCCGUAAUUCACGCCGCUCUGCAAGCGCGUGCGCUGCCGUCCAUGGGUGGUGGUGUCGGGAUGGUUCUCACGAAGAAACUGGCCCCCGGGGCGACGCUCGCGCGCUUCCCAUUUCGCUCCAUGAUCACUGCCCGCAAAGCCCGGUUCAAUCUUGCGAUGGCCGAAGUGGCGCUGGAGCUGAGCGAAGAGACGUCUACGAAGGCUGCGGAUGCGAAGCAAACGUCAGCUACAGGGAUGGCAGAGGAAGAUCUUUUUCCUGUCGUCCCUUUCACUUCACGCGUGUGGUCGGAGAGCGAGUUUGAGUCGCAGGUCCGCUCACAGAAGGUGCGCAGGGCGAUCGACGCCAAGGUGGAGGAGCUGGAGGCGGUAUUAGAUGGUACCGAGGCAAUCGUGUGCUACAUUUUGCUGAUGGCAGCGCUUCACGGUCGUUGGCAAGCUGACGCAAGCAGCCCGCAAACGCACGACACUGAAGAAGAGAACGAACAAGCUUCUGAGAGUAGCAUUCGAUCACACCCGUCUGCACUGCGGUUCACCCACGAGAACAGGUGGAUGCGGAUGUGGAUUCAUGCGCUUCCGGUACAGUACGAUAAUCUGCUGGAGCUUGCGCCGUCGCAACUCAGCGCAUCGGCUGCGCCUGAUGUUGCCAGCGCGAACCCCGCUGCAGGGCAAGCACCUCCGUUGUUCUCUACCGCGCCUUCCUCCCCAGUGCCACCGCUGCCGCUGAAGACGUCGUACACCACUUCGUCCGAGUGGCUGCGGUCGUAUGUCGCACUCGCGCGCUUCCGUGCGUCGACGCUGCGUGGGCAGCACUCGGUGGAGCAGCGCUACCGCAAAUGCUGCGCCGCCCUGCGGUCUUUGCGGAACAUGCCCAGCGGAGAAGAGUCUGACCAAUGCUCAGUGGCACAGGCAGCUCUCGCUGACGAGCCGGAGGACGAGGCGCAGCAGGACGAGCAGCACCAGCAGCCACGCACGUCAUCGUCUUCUCCCCUGCCACAGCCUGCUGAAGAGUCGCUCGCUUCUCCAUGCACGCUGGGACACUUUCUGUGGGCCUUCAACACUCUCAUGAGUCGCGGCUUUUUCUUCCCGGAAGAGACGUGGGCUGUGAUACCCUUUGUGGACUACUUCAACUACGCACUGGACUCCAACGGGACGAUGUUUCCACAGGAAGACGACCCCUCUGACGCUGAGAGUCUUAGCAGUGUGAGCUUGUCGAUGGUGGGCACAGCGCUGAUGCCGGCCGCGGCACCACGCAAGCAAGCCCGUCGCAGUGGGCUGCGCAGCGCACAGGUGGGCAAAGACGCCAUUCCACUGGCCAACUACAACAUCUACGAGUUCCAGCUUAUUCGUCCUGUCCAGGCAGCAGGCGAGCAAGUGAUGCUGCACUACGGCGCGUAUUCUGACGUGGAGCUUCUCAUGUGGUACGGCUUCACGCUGCGACCUUCGCUGCUGCCUACAAGUCAUCUUUCCCCUGUCGUCACCGGCACGUGUGACGCGACGAACGCUGUUGUUCCGCUGCUUCCGCCUGGCGUAGUGGAGGCAGAUGGAAGUCACCUAUUGCUUCACACGGCACGUGCGUUGCAUGUUCUUCUGCCGCAGAUUGUGUGUGCCGCCACCCGUAUUGCCUACUACCGGCAGCAGAUACAGCCUUUACACGUGUCCGCCGAACCGACGACUCCUGACGGGGAUCAGCCCAGUCCGGCAACGCAGGACGAAACAGACGAAUAUGCGUACAAUACAUGGGCAAAAGCUCUCAAUCGCGCCUAUCGCCUUCCCCUCUCCCCUUUAGCAGACGCCGAGGGCAACUACCCACCUGCCGUACGUGGGCAGACGUGGAUGGAUGUUUUGUUUCUCUCCUUUUCGCAGACUUCACCGCUGGCAGCGCCGUGCUCGGAGAACCUUUCCGCGUCCCACGCCGCUGGGUUGAAGGCGGACGGAUGGAUGCGUCAGUGGGUUGCGCAGCGAUGGCCGCUGUUUGCUGAGACGGCUUCUCCACGCGUGGCGAAGGGCUGCGGCCUCGGUGUGCUCGGUCUCUCUCCUCCUCUGCACACCGCUAUCUCCUCCAGCUUUUGGGCUCCCCCAAAGCAGGGCAGGAUGCGGGAGGCAGAGAAGAUACAACUUGUUCGCGGAAUUGCGUGGGCGGAGCUCUACGUGAAUGCGACUGCGGAGACGGUGGCGAAGCGAGAGGCGGCAGAAACUGCAGCCGAGGUCGCGGUGAGCGCUGCUGCAGCCGCACUUGCGCAGACUGCCGCGGUUGAUCAGUGGGCGUUGCUGCGCUUUUUGGCUCUCGAAGGCUCCGACGCUGCGCUGGAAGAGUACUUGGCGUAUGAGUCCGAAAGUGAUUGA